AUGCAGCAGCCGUGGGACUGCGCACGGCCAUUGCCAGCAACACCCCGGCGCCAGCCCCAGUUGUUGCAGCAGCCGCAGUUCCCAGGACCGCAGCCUCACUGCGCCGGGCAGGACCCUGCCUUCGCCCCUUCGGGUGUGACCGAGCGCAGCCCCGCGGAGCACGGACGGACACGUCCCGUGGCAGCCGCUCGUGCCCAGAGCGAAUCGAGCGGGGCUGGGGCGCGGGGGGCAGUUGGGCCGCGGUAUCAGCACGGCCGCAGGAAUGCGGGCCGGCCCCGGGCCCCCGCCCCGCCCGCAGAGCAAACACGGCGGGGCCCGGCGGUACCGCGCGGUGCUGCGCCCGACGGGGGCCCCGUGCGGCGGCAGAUCGGCCGGGUUUGA